UUUGUGUAUUUUGUGACCCGCAGCACUAACACUAACCCCCUUAUUGUGAAUCUAGAGUGGAAAGCCUUGAUCCAUCCUGAGCUCAAGUUUCUCUCACUAACAUCAUCAACAUGAAGAACUUUGGGCUCAUUGAGUCCACAAGAGUCUCAGUUUUACACUCAGACCCCAUUUUUUACACAGAGCUGAGAGGAGAGGACAGGAGAGGCUGGAAACAUGACAAUACUUCAAUAUGUACAAUAUGUGGAUAAAAACUGGUUUUAGUCAUUUUACGUCUUUUUUUGGUCAUUUUACAAUGUUUUUGGUCAUUUUGUGUUGUUUGUUGUAACAUUCAGGACACGUGUGGGCACUUGGAAAGGUGUUUAUAUAUAAAUUCAGUUUCAUUAGUUAUUUAAAAAUCACUUAUCAGAGAAAUGUCACUGUUUUUUUCUGAUUUCUGUCAUUCUAACUGAUUGUGCUGAUUCCACAGAGCUGCAGGACUUAUAGAUUUAUGUAGAUUGUAUAUAUUGCAGUGAGAAACUAGGCUUGACGUGGCUCAUUGUGGCUCAGAGGGUUAAGAAGCUUCAGAAAAGGAAACUUGAUGUUCAGACCCCAUUUAUGCAGCUCACAGACUGUUUAGGACCCCAGGAUGCACAAAGAGGACACAACAACACAUUUACUGCAGGUUACAGCAUGUCAGUGAAGAGACUCUUUGGGAAACACAGAACAGAGAUCUGCAGCUCAGUUAUUCACCAGUUUGGAAUGAGGCUCAACCUGAUCAACUGUUGUGUUAAAGCUCCGCCCCUCAGCUGACUCACCUGAGACAAACCAGGUAACAGGCUGUUAUUCUGACUCACUGAGACAACGACACACACUCUCUGAGAGACGGACGAUAAGAUUCAGCUUCAGACUAAAACCUCCACUUUGACUGAAAGAGGACGACUUCAGGAGAUUACUGGGAAUACUGGAACAGCUCCACUUCACCAGCUGCUGAAUCCACAAACUGAACGACAGUUUUACAGGAAAGUAAAGUAACUUUGAGAGAACAGGAAGUGGCUGAGCUGUUUGUCUGCUGUGUUUUCAGCUUCACUCAGAGACUAAAUGGCUUCCAGAUUAGAGGACAAUCUCUGCUGUUCUGUCUGCCACGACAUCUUUAAAGAUCCUGUCGUCCUGUCAUGCAGCCACAGCUUCUGUAGAGACUGUCUGCAGAGGUGGUGGAGAGAGAAACCAACCAGAGAGUGUCCGGUCUGUAAGAGAAGAUCUUCAAAGAGUCAUCCACCUUGUAACCUGGCGUUAAAGAAGCUGUGUGAGAGUUUCUUACUGGAGAGAGAUCAGAGAGCUUCAGAGGCUCUCUGCAGUCUGCACUCUGAGAAACUCAAACUCUUCUGUCUGGACCAUCAGCAGCCAGUGUGUCUCGUCUGCAGAGACUCAGAAAAACACACCAACCACAGAUUCAAAUCCAUUGAUGAAGCUGCACAACAACACAAGAAGGAACUUCAGGAAACUCUGGAGCCUUUAAAGAAGAAGUUAAAGGUUUUUAAAGAAGUCAAAGUGAAGUUUGAUCGAACAGCAGAACACAUUCAGGACCAGGCCCGAUGCACAGAGACGCAGAUUAAGGAGCAGUUUAAGAAGCUUCACCAGUUUCUAGAAGAGGAAGAGGAGGCCAGGAUGGCUGCACUGAGGGAGGAAGAGGAGCAGAAGAGUCAGAUGAUGAAGGAGAAGAUGGAGGCUCUGAGCAGAGAGAUAGCAGCUCUUUCAGACACAGUCAGAGCCACAGAGGACGAGCUGAGAGCUGAACACGUCUCAUUCCUGCACAACUACAAGGCUGCAGUGGAAAGAGUCCAGCAGCGCCCCCUGCUGGAGGAUCCACAGCUGCCCUCAGGAGCUCUGAUAGACCAGGCCAAACACCUGGGCAACCUGGCCUUCAACAUCUGGAACAAGAUGAAGGACAUGGUCUCCUACAGGCCUGUUGUUCUGGACCCAAACACUGCUGGUUCAUUCCUCAUCCUGUCUGAAGAUCUGACCAGUCUGAGAAGAGGAGAAGAGUUCCAGCUGCUUCCUGAUAAUCCAGAGAGGAUUGAUGAUUCCUGCUCUGUUCUGGGCUCUGAGGGCUUUAACUCAGGGACUCACAGCUGGGAGGUCCAGGUUGGAGACAAUAUAGAGUGGUGUCUGGGUGUGUUAGCAGAGUCUGUCCAGAGGAGAGGAGGCAUAGAGUCUGGAUUAUGGAGAAUAGGGUUCUUUAUAGAUAAAUACUUCUCAUAUUCACCAUCAGAUAGAGGAACUGAUCUCGUAGUGCAGAAGAAGUCUCAGAGGAUCAGAGUGAAUCUGGACUGGAACAGAGGAACGCUGUCGUUCUCUGAUGCUGACACUAACACACACAUACACACCUUCACACACACUUUCACUGAGAGGAUGUUUCCAUGUUUUUCCAAUUAUGAUGAUCCCCCACUGCAGGUUUUACCAGUGAAGGUCUCUGUGUCUGCAGGACAACAGGAAUAGACGAUCAGCAUCGUCUGAAGUCUUUGAGGAACAUGUGACCAUGUUGUCCUCCUCAUGUUUGUUUCUCCUCAGAUCAAAGAGCUGUCAAUCACUCUGUGACUGGCAGGCGUCUCUGUGGUUUCCUGUUUGUUUAUUGAUCAAAUCUGUAUAGUGAAUUCUCUGUAAAACUUUAUCUUCAUUGAAUGUUUUUUUGUUUGUUUUAUUGGUGUUCAAGAGUGAAAAAUACUGUCAAAUAACAAAAAAGUUAUUUUACUGAUAAUUCAUUUUAAAAACACAGAUAAUAAACAGUUCAUAUCUGUAUUUAAAAUAUAUAAUUCUGUAGAAUAACUAAAGUGUUUUUACUUUAAUUCGACAGUGACUGUUACAGUUUUUUACGAUUUCUUUAAAAUAUAUAUAUAUAUUUGCAAGUUUAACUGUAAGAAAACAGAAAGUUUCAUUUAUUUUACAUUCAGCAAUAUGAUGUGUAUUUUGUAUUUUUACAUAGACUUUACAUUCAUUUGACAAUCAAGACCAUUAAGCUUUUGAAGAAUACU